UAUGUUAUGUGAGCGAGCAAGAACUGACAUUUUUCUCAGCUCGUGUUUAUGAAUAUUCUCAUGAAUUAAGGUGGUCAAGGAAUUAUCACACCACGACAUAAUAUCUUUGUUCAAACACAACCAUUGACUCUGUACCCUCGCCAUGGUAGAGGAUGACGAUUUAACGCCAAAUUUGAUGUCAAACCAAAUGUGGAGCAGCAAUGGCGAGUUUGUGCCUCCUGACGGAAUAUGCUGUGUGUCUGUUCUGUCAUGUUUGCUGCUUGCCUGCUCCUACGUUGGGAGCUUAUACGUGUGGAGAAGUGAUUUGCCAAGGGACCACCCGGCCGUUAUCAAGAGGCGCUUCACCAGUGUCCUGAUCGUAUCUGCCUUGUCGCCUGUCUUCGUGUGGACAUGGAAGGUGUACACUGGUGUGAUGCCCGGCCCCUCGUUGCUGGCUCUGAUGGGCAUUCGCUUCGAGGGCCUCAUCCCAGCCAUCAUACUGCCUCAGCUGCUCACCAUGGUGUUGUUUCUUGGCCCUCUCAUCCAGCUGGCUAUGGACUGCCCCUGGGGCUUCAUGGAUGGGAUACGAGUGGCCCUUGACCCAUGGUUCUGGACUCUGUGCCUCAGGGACAUGCGCUGGCUGAGGAACCAGGUGGUGGCUCCUCUGACUGAAGAGCUGGUAUUCAGGGCCUGUAUGCUGCCCAUGCUGGUGCCCUGCGCCAGCCCCUCUACUGCCAUGUUCACCUGUCCCCUCUUCUUCGGAGUAGCUCACUUUCAUCAUGUGAUCGAACUGCUGCGAUUCAGACAGGGCACUGUGUCUGGGAUCUUUCUCGCUGCAGUGUUCCAGUUCUCCUACACCGCUGUCUUUGGAGCUUACACUGCCUUCAUAUUUAUCAGAACAGGUCAUCUGGUGGGGCCGGUGCUGUGCCACUCGUUCUGUAAUCACAUGGGCUUCCCUGCCCUGAGCACGGCCCUGGAGCACCCCCACCGCCUUACCAUCCUCUCCUGCUACCUGCUGGGGGUCCUCCUCUUCCUCCUCCUCCUCUUCCCCCUCACAGACCCCCUCUACUACGGCCUGCCCACCCCCGUCUGCACCCUGGCCUCCGUCCCCAGCUCCCUAUGCAUCUCCUGAUCCCACGCCCACGCCCACGCCCACCCACCACACACCCCUCUGUAUGAGAUGGACCGGUCUGCUGAUACUACCAACCGUCACCAGCCAAAAGGAGGAGCGGUCCAAGUGGUCCUAGCACUAGGGGUGUUUUAGCUCUUCGGUCAUGCCCGCUUGGAUGGGCUCUCUCUGGGGGGAGGUGGGAAGGGUUAAGGCUGUGUCAGGUAUGGACACUCAGUAUUAUGGGCUGUAUGUUGCUAGGGGCAACAGGGUAACUUAGACAGCCAUUCCCUAUGUUCAGGUUAUGUUGGCUCUCAGUCAGUCAGUUAGCCAGUCAGUCAAUAUGUGGUCUGUAGUGUAGACUCAACAAAGGAACAGUAUCUGGCCAAGACGUGAGGCGCUGUAGUAGUAAGACAUUCUGGUGGUGAAUAACGUCAGUGUUUUCAUCGGUUCUAGAUGCUGAAUAAGAGUUAUUUAUAUACACGUCUGCAUGUUUCUAUACUGUAGUGUUUUAUUGGUGGGGGAUGGUUGGGUUCAGUUGUUACGGUUGUACUGUUUGGACUGUAGUUUUCAUGACCUCUUCUAUGAUAGUUUAGCCACAAUUCUUUUAGCCUUCCUCUCAGGCUUUUAAGACACCAGACAAUUGGUGUUUGGCGAGAUCACAAAGGCUACAGUCUUUACCCAGCCCUGAAUUCAAUCAUUCACUCUAGUUGACGCUCAUUCCAAGCAUCCAUUCCAAGUCAUGCCGAUAGAAGCCUAUAAUCACCAAGCUAACAUGAUCAUUCUAAGGGCCAGGAGUUUUUCCCUGACUAUGUGAACCUGGCCAAGAAACUCUCUGGGUCCUGGUUAUAGGGUUUGUAUAACUAGGACCAAGUCUUACCUGAUCAGGAAAAACUCUGGGCCCCUACCCUUCGCUGCACACAGUUUUACCUUUUAUAAGGGUUAUCCAUGUUCAUGGCUCUUUGUUCUUGAUCUGCCUUUUUAUUUGAUCGAUUGAAGGGGGAAGUACCUUAAGGUGGGGUGAGAUGACGGACAUUUUCCCCUUAAGGGACUUGAACCCUUGUAAGACUCAGGUGUACUGUAGUCGUAUGUAUGUAGGUUUGAAUGCUAUCUAACCACUACUUUGUAUGCUGCUACAUGUUGCAAUAUGGAUGUCAGACAAGAUGA